AUGAUCCCUUUGCACGAGGCGCAAGAGUAUGUGCUCAGCGGUUGCGCUCCGCUGGCCCCGGUCACCACACCUUCUGCCAACGCCCUCGGUUUGGUCACCGCCGAGCCAAUCACUUGCAACGAGCUCAUCCCACCGUUCGACAACACCGCGGUCGAUGGCUACGCGCUCAUGGCACGAGACACCGCAGGCGCGCCGGUCGAGCUCAAGGUCGUUGGUUCCAUCGCAGCCGGCGAGGCACCUUCCACACCAAUCACGCCCGGAACAGCCAUCCGCAUCAUGACUGGAGCACCACUACCCGAGGGCGCCGACGCCAUUGUGAUGGUCGAAGAAACCACGACCAGCGAUGACGGCAGUGUCGUGACCGUUGGCACCAGUGUCGCAGCUGGUGCAGCCGUACGCGGCGCCGGCGAAGACAUGCGCCCAGGCCAGCAGGUGUUCGAUAGCGGCACGCUCUUGCAGCCCGGCCACCUCGGUGUCCUGGCCACGCUCGGGAUCGAGUCCAUCGCAACCCAUCGACGCCCCGUGGUUGGCGUGAUCUCCACCGGAGACGAGCUUGUCGAGGGACCGCAGACUCUGCAACCGGGCCAGAUUCGCGAUUCGAAUCGGCGGACGCUUCUCUCGAUGGUUUCCCAAACUGGAUGCGAAGCGGUGGACCUUGGCCUCAUCCGCGACGACGAGGCAGCCGUCGAGGCAGCGCUUCGAGCAGGUGCCGAACGUUGUGAUGCCAUCAUCACCAGCGGGGGCGUGAGCAUGGGCGACUUCGACUAUGUGAAGCUCGUACUCAGCCGAAUUGCUGAGAUGCGCUGGAUGCAGAUUGCUAUCAAGCCUGCAAAACCGAUGGCCUUCGGAACACUCGGCGACACACCGAUCUUUGGCUUGCCAGGCAAUCCGGUGUCCUCGAUGGUGUCCUUCGAGCUUCUGGCGCGCCCAGGCUUGCGUACCAUGAUGGGCAUCGGCGCCGGCUCUGUGCACCGUCCCCGGGUGCUGGCAAUAGCAGAGGGCAGCCUGCCGCGGCGCCCAGAUGGCAAGACGCAUUUUGCCCGGGUGAACCUGCGCUGGGUCGACGGCAAACCACAGAUCCAGUCAGCAGGCGGCCAGGGCUCCCAUCAACUGUCGGCUAUGGCGGGAGCCGAUGCGCUCGCCAUCCUGCCCGAUGGCGAUGGGAUGAGCACUGGUGAUACCGCCCAGGUUCUCAUUCUGAACGCCGACUGA